AUGCUUAUGUAUCCACGUAAGGGUCUCAUCACCGAUCCAUAUCAUCCAGAAGACAUCACCAUACAAGACGAUCAAUAUCCGCAGAGCUUUGACGACAACUCUUUGCAGUAUCAGUCGUCGUUACAACCGCCUUUCCACUAUCAACCCCAGUUCGCCUCUCCGCCUUCAUCCGCGCCUUCCUCACCCACCUUCUCCUCUCCAACCUUCUCCAUCCCCUAUCCCCAGGCGGACACUCAGUCUCUCGGGGCUCCUUCGAUGACCCCCGCUUCUUCAUACAACCCGUCCUUUGACAUCCAGGGCUCCGCCUCACCCUCCCAGCAGUAUCUCCCACAAUACCAGCAAUACUACACGCCCAUGUUGGCCCAACAGCCCAUCGCCAGCAACCAGAGUUGGGACGGCAACUUGCAGUUGCUGAGCCCGGCUCGCAUCCCAUUCCCCCAGAAGCCGUCGCCCGGUUCAGCUUCUUCGCGAUCUGCUCCUUCGGGUCACCCGGUCUCGCCCAACCUGAACUCUCACCGACGAUCGACUAGCAACUCUAAGCCGCUGCCCACACCUUCUCAGACUCCCAUCCAGAACUCCUUCUUGGCGGCUCCCUUCCAGAACUACGACCCAUCGUACCACGAUGGUAGUCGCGCCGAAGCCGAGUCUGCUAUGAGAAGGGCCAUUUUGGAUCAACAGCAGAAGCACCAGACUUCCCCUCAGCAGCAGCAGCAGCAGCAGCAGAGCGAGUACUCUUUGGCUCCCUCGGUUUCGACUAUUAGCCACAACUCGCCUGUUACCCCGCAGACCAGCCUGGAGGAGCUUGACGAGUCGAAGAUGACCAAUGGUGAGAACCGAUUUGCCGAUGUAGACUGUUGGAUGAACGAUUACUUACAAUCCGACGCAGAAUACGCCAACGGCAACAGUGGCAUGAUUGGUAUUCCCAAGCUGAACCGCACCAUUUCCGAUAUCUACCAAGACGAGCUGUAUAACCCUAGCAUCAUGGCGGCUCCUCAAAUGAACAAGCCCAUGAACCAGAACCUGCUGGCUCCGCGCAAUGUCAUUGCCGACCGCCUCAAUGCCGCUAACCAGGGCCAUCUGACUUCUCGCUCGGGAUCUCCCUUGGGCAGCAUGAAACGCGAUCACUCUCCCUUCCGUGCGUCGUCCCCGUUUGCAGGCGACUUGAACGCUCCUCUCCCCCCUCAGAUGGCUACCAGCGUCCCUAUGUCUCAAAACAUGGGAAUGUCCUCUGGCAACCCUGGUGACAUCAAGACCAUGUCCCCCAAGGAUGCGGUGUUGGACUUCAACGAGGGUGACGAUGCGGCUAUGCCUCCUCUUUUCACUCCCGGCCAGGGUGACUUCAACCUGGGUGAUGCUCUGGGUCUGCGCCGCGAGAGCUCUGGCUCAAUGCGCCUUCCACAGACCAUGACAUCAAUUGAGGCAUUCCCGACCCAGUACGCUACAGCCCAGCCUCAUUUCGGAUACCACCAACAGACUCAGCGCCAGCCGAUGAUGCAACAAUCCGACUUCCCUCCCUCUCUUCCUCACUUCGAAUCCAGUGGACAAUCGUCUGUGGACAUGGCUCCUCAGGCUCAUGCCAAGCUGCCUAUAUCCGAGGGCAUCACCCGCCCGAGUAACACCUCCUCGGAUGCUGGAACCUACACUUGCACAUAUCACGGCUGCAGUCUCCGAUUCGAGUCUCCCUCCAAGCUUCAGCGACACAAGCGCGAGGCACAUCGCCAGACUACCCCCGGUGGCCACUUGAUUACUCGCGAUACUUCGCUUCGCAACUCCCAGGCUGGACCUCACAAGUGCGAGCGUGUCAACCCAUCUACUGGGAAACCGUGCAAUUCUAUCUUCUCGCGACCUUACGACCUAACUCGCCAUGAAGAUACGAUCCACAACGCGCGCAAGCUUAAGGUUCGAUGCCACUUGUGCACCGAGGAGAAGACCUUUAGCCGCAAUGAUGCCCUUACACGGCAUAUGCGCGUUGUGCAUCCCGAGGUCGAUUGGCCUGGCAAGCAGCGUCGUCGCAAUCAAUGA